CUUUUUCAAAAUGUAACGUGCAAACUCCCCCAGUUUCCAAAAUACUUCUGCUUCGCUUCCUUUCCAUCUGUUUCAUUAACCUUUUAACUCAGCAUCACACAUGAUAAUCUCUUUUACUUUCUACAUUUGUACCUAAGUUCCUUGAAAUUUUGGACACCUCCGUUUAAACCGAUCAAAAUGUUGAACUUCAUUUGCUCAUUUUACAUGCAUCAAAUUAAUAUUCAAAUGGUUGAAUAUUGUGAAGCUGCAAAAUUGCAUAUAUAAUGCACUUUGCUCAAAAAUCAAAACUUUUUCCAAGCCUCAUACACACACAAAUACCUACGUUUCAAUAUCCUCACCCUCUAUAUACCUACCUUAACUACCUUCCUUCUCCAUCUUCAUCUUCAUCUACAUGUAUAUAAUUCUUGCAUCUUUUUUCUUUCCUCAUCCCAACUUUUACCAAACACAAUAAUUUCGAAUUUGGGAUUUGUACAUGACAUCAACAAGCUCUCCCACUCUCAGGAGAACCAAAUUAGGAAACCUAAUCCAGUUCGACAGAAACCGCAGUUUGCAGUACCAUGAUGACACUGAUGCUGAAUUAUAUAACCACCACCGCCAUCACCACCGACGUCGUCUCGAUAGUCCCAAUACUACCCCCAAUGCCUCACCUUCCACUUCAUCAUACAAUACUACCCCCAAUGCCUCACCUUACACUUCAUUCUCCCCAUGGAACCAACCCAUCUCACCCUUCCUGAAUUCUCCAUGGCUUCAACCUUCACCUCUUCACUCAACCCACCCCGGCCUCAUUGGCUCGCUGGUUCGCGAACAAGGUCACGUUUAUUCGCUAGCCGUCUCGAGUGAGUUGCUGUACACGGGAUCGGAUAGCAAGAACAUCCACGUGUGGAAAAACAUGCGACAAUUUUCAGGGUUUAAAUCAAACACUACCGGAUUAGUUAAGGCCAUUGUUGUGUCGAAACAACAACUAAUUUUCACAGCUCAUCAAGAUGGGAAGAUUAGGGUUUGGAAAUUACAUAAAAAUAACGUGUACAAACGGACUGGGAGUUUGCCUAGUACUAAAGAUUAUAUUAUCUGUUCGAUGAAUAUGAGAAAAUAUGUGGAGACUCGGAGGCAUAAGAAGGUUCCUUGGAUCAGACACUACGACGUCGUUUCAUGCAUGAGUUUAGAUGAAGAGCAUGGGAUUUUGUACUCGGGUUCUUGGGACAAGACUAUUAAGGUAUGGAGGGUAUCGGAUUUCAAGUGCAUGGAAUCGUUUGAUGCUCAUGAUGAUGCGGUGAAUGCGGUGGCUGUUUGUUACGGUGGCUUUGUUUUCUCCGGCGGAGCUGACGGGGCGGUGAAGAUGUGGAGGAAGGAGCUUGUGGGGAAAUCGAGUAGGCAUGUUUUGGUGGAAGUUUUGUUGAGGGGUGAAAGCGCGGUGACCUCGGUGGUGGUGGCGGAGGCGGGGAGGGUGGUGUACGGUGGCGCGUCGGACGGGUUGGUUAGUUUUUGGCGGCGCGUGAGGGGGUGUUUGGAGUACGGUGGGGCGUUGAGGGGGCAUAAAAUGGCGGUUUUAUGUUUGGCUACGGCGGGGAAGCUGGUGAUGAGUGGGUCGGCGGAUAAGAGCAUAUGUGUGUGGAGGAGAGAGGAGGGGGGACAGCAUUUGUGGCUGAGGGUCUUGACGGGACACGGUGGUCCGGUGAAAUGUUUAGCGGUGGAGAUGGAGGAGGACGUGGGAGAUGAUCAACGGUGGAGAUUGUAUAGUGGGAGUUUGGACAAGUCUAUCAAAGUUUGGAGUGUGUCUCAAAGUAUUUAUCAAUAGUUUCAUUUUUUGACGGGCACAAAAGAGAUGAUGAUUUGCACUGCUUUCUCUUUUGUAAAUCUUUAGGACUUAGUUUAAGAGUUGCUUAAUUUUUUCAUUUA